AUGUACGGCAGAUACCAAGCAGCUGCGCCUCCACUCCUGCACAUCAUCCGGGACACGGACAAGGAGCAGCCUCUCAAUCAACUCAAAGAUGUCUCAAGCGAUGAACAUCGUGAAAAUGGGCAGGAAGCUGUGACACCUGUAUCCCCUGCUUUUAGCGUUGCCCCAACUCUUCGAGACAUUAGACGACUUGUGAACGAGAAAGACAGAUGGUCCAGCUCAACGGCUUCGGGGGGAAACCGAGCGGUUAGUGCCCAGACGACCGAUGAGUUCAAGAACUAUGUGUCUAGAUACAUCAGGUCUGUCCGAUGGCGUGGUGUGCUGGCAUUGGUCGCUGGUUUGUUCUCACAAAUGCUUUGCUGGGGUCUCAUCAUGACAUAUGGUACGAUCUUGGCCUUCUAUGUACGAUAUCUGAUUCCAGGUGUCAACGAAACUGCUAUCGCUCUGGCUGGGGCCAUUCCACCAUUUUGCCUACUUGCAUUAGCACUUCCUUGGGGCCGGCUGCUUGAUGCUGGCCAUCAUCACUUACUCAACGCUGCGGCGGGCGUUCUUUUGACUGGAGGAAUGGUAGCCCUGGCAUUCACUGGUGGUAACGAAUACGACUCUGGGAAAUACUGGGCGAUCCUCCUUGCUAGCAUUCCAGUGGGGAUCGGCCAGUCGAUCUACUUCAUGGCAGCGCCACAGAUGGCCAAGACGUGGCAUCCAAAACACAAAGGGUUUGCCAUGGGCAUUACCAACUCAGGUGCAGCCAUUGGUGGUGUUGUAUGGCCAUUGACGUUUGAUCGUCUCGUGCAGGUCUUUGGCUUUCGCAUUGGUGUCGGCUGUUUGGCUGGUCUCGGGGCGGUAUUGAGCAUCUACAUUGCCAUUUUUUCUGUACCAGCACCAGACUUCAAACGCCAUGCUAUCGGAAGAGUGAACAAUUUGCAUACAUGGUGGCCAACGCGAGCGUUCCGAUCCAAGGUAUUCGUGAUUCAUGUGAUCAGCAUGUGUUUUGUGUACCUUGGAAUUCUGACCAUCCCGUUCUUCAUCGAGGUCUGGGCGAGACGCAACAGAGACAUCUCAAUUUCGGAGGAUGUGAAGACAGGAACGGGUAUUGACAUGCACCGCAAAGGUGGGAGAAACCUAAGUGUGUACUUGCUCAUUACGCUGAACGGCUGUCAACUUCCUGGCCGCCUAUUCGGGAGUACGCUCUGCGACAAGUUUCGGGCACGUCUGAUACACGCUAUAGCCUGCUUCUCUGCGGUCAUUAUCAUUGGAAGCUGCUGGUUUGAGGUCACAUCCUUUCAAGGUGGUCUGGUGUUCGCAGCGCUGUUUGGACUGUGCUUAGGGGUCAUGGUUUCGUUACCGAUUAACGACGUACAGGAUAUGCUCGGCCACGAAAGGACUCAUCUACUUGGACAGUAUGCCGGAGCGGUAUACACUUGUGCCGCCCCGUUCAUUCUUGGUGGAGCAGUCAUAUCUGGGGCGUUAGUACAGUAUUUCAACGUAUGGAUAGCACCUGGCGCGUGGGCGAUCGGGUGUUUCACGAUCUGUGGCGCCCUCAUCGUCCUUGGAUUAUCACUCAAGGAUGACACAGGCUGCUUCGUCAGCUCGAAUGAAGACAGAGGAGAAGUUGAGCACGAUUCUCAAUGUCCGACUAGGGUCAAUUCUGCGAGAUUUGACAUUGAGACUGGCAUAGGUGCCCCGCAAGCAGCCCAUGCAUCAGCACCAACUCAAUCUAAAGACGGUACUCAGCACACGCUUGAGGAGGGAGGAUCUUAUUAG